AUGCAUUCAGUAAAAGGAGGUAUAGCAGAAGCCGGAGGCUUCCUUAACUUGUCCCUGCCAGAAGGACAAAAGCAAGAGUCGGUUAAACUAGUGACAAACAGCGGUGUCGUCGAUUCCGGAUUUCAUUCGGGACAUAAUCUGAGCUCAGAUAGCUUCUCGAGUGUAUCGCACGAAACUCCACUGAAACCGUUGCACGGGUCUGGAUCUGGUUCUGACAACCAAAAAGCCACAGCACACCAACAGCAGCCGGAAGAGGUUUCACAAAGCUUUGACUCCAGCGUAUGUCUCGAUUCGAGUCAACAGAUUCGUUCCACUGAAUCCCUGAAGGUGGACAGCCUGAAUGAUCUCUGCAAAGGUAUGCAGAAGAUGCAGAUGAGCCGGAACAGACCGGCAUGGGAAAAAUACUUUCAUCAAAACGACGAAGGUGAUACAUAUCUGCACCUAUGCAUAAUCCAUAAGGCCACAGAGGUCGCUUGCCAGCUGAUCCGUAUCGCCCCGCGGCCCUGGCUCAACCUUCAAAAUGACUUCGGCCAAACGCCGCUGCACCUAUCGGUCGUGACGGAACAGCCGGGGAUUGUUCGAAAACUGGUUCUUGCCGGUGCCGAGCUAGGAAUUCGCGACGAAGAAGGCAACACAGCGCUGCAUUUGGCUUGCCUGAAUAAUCACAGUGACUGCGCUCGGGAACUGUUGACCACUCUUAAUCCACUUGAACUGCAGCAAUUUAGCACUACUAAAAUUCCACAGGAUCUCGAACAGUGGAAUCACAACGGAAAAAGAUGUGUUCACAUAGCAGCUGAAAGGUCAAACAUCGAGAUUCUACGAUAUCUGGUUAAUGCCGGAGCCAAUAUCAAUGCAAGGGAUGGCAGAACGGGACUGACGCCUCUGCAUAUUGCCGUUGAAAGCGGAAACGAACCGAUGGUAAACUUCCUUCUGGACGAAUGCCCCAAGUUACGGUUGGAACAGGAGACGUUAGCCGGAUUCACAGCAUACCAGCUAGCGGUCAUGCUGCAAAACGAAGCACUCCAAAAUGGUCUAGAGAACCGGGGAGCAGAACCGCUGAGCCCACCGGAAUCGGACGAUGAGUCCAACGAAAGCGAAGACGAAGAAGAUAUAUGUACAUAUUAUAACGACAAUCGAUGGUGUGCUCUGUUAUAA